AUGUCAUCGUCAACUAACUUCAAGUCGUCGAAAGACAAUGGUAAUGAGUGUAUUGCGAAUCAAGGAUGUGUUGUAUUGGCUGUUGCACUUUCAUUAGUUAUUCUCUUAAUUUGUAUUGUGCUCAUGCUUGCCUGCUGUAAAAAACAACAUCUAAAUCGCAUUCGUUCAGCACAAUAUCCCACUAUACAACAGAAUAAUUAUAAUUCGAAUUCAUCUGCUCCACCUCCGUAUAACUGGUGUUUAGAAUCACCACCACCACCAUAUAAUCAAGUCAAAGUUUGA